CGCCUGCGCCCCCUGCCUGGGAGCCGGGAGCCGGCGCGCCGCGGAGCUAUGGAAGCAGCUAACCUUUCGGUGGCCGCCACCGGUGUCGCCCUUCCCGCCGGACCCGAGGCCUGCAACAGCAGCCCAAGCCCCGGCGGGGUCGUCAGGUCCACCCCAGGCGGCGCUGCCCUGCCCGGCCGAGAGCCGCCCCUCUCGGUGUUCACGGUGCUGGUGGUGACGCUGCUGGUGCUGCUGAUCGCGGCCACUUUCCUGUGGAACCUGCUGGUUCUGGUCACCAUCCUGCGCGUCCGUGCCUUCCAUCGUGUGCCGCAUAACUUGGUGGCCUCGACGGCCGUGUCAGACGUGCUAGUGGCAGCGCUGGUGAUGCCACUGAGCCUGGUGAGCGAGCUGUCGGCCGGGCGACGUUGGUGGCUGGGCAGGAGCCUGUGCCACGUGUGGAUCUCCUUCGACGUGCUGUGCUGCACCGCCAGCAUCUGGAACGUGGCGGCCAUCGCCCUGGACCGCUACUGGACCAUCACGCGCCACCUGCAGUACACGCUGCGCACCCGCCGCCGCGCCUCGGCGCUCAUGAUCGCGCUCACCUGGGCGCUCUCCGCGCUCAUCGCCCUCGCGCCACUGCUCUUUGGCUGGGGUGAGGCAUACGACGCUCGGCUCCAGCGCUGCCAGGUGAGCCAGGAACCCUCCUAUGCCGUCUUCUCCACCUGUGGCGCCUUCUACCUGCCGCUCGGCGUAGUGCUAUUUGUCUACUGGAAGAUCUACAAGGCGGCCAAGUUUCGCUUCGGCCGCCGCCGCAGGGCUGUGCUGCCGGUGCCCACAACCGUGCAGGUGAAGGAGGCCCCUCAUGAGGCUGAGAUGGUGUUCAUGGCGCGUCGCCCAACGGUGACCUUUCAGGCAGGCGGAGACUCGUGGCGGGAGCAGAAGGAGAAGCGGGCAGCUAUGAUGGUGGGCAUUCUCAUUGGCGUGUUUGUGCUGUGCUGGAUUCCCUUCUUCCUGACGGAGCUCAUCAGCCCCCUCUGUGCCUGCAGCCUGCCCCCCAUCUGGAAAAGCAUAUUCUUGUGGCUUGGCUACUCCAAUUCUUUCUUCAACCCCCUGAUUUACACAGCGUUUAACAAGAACUACAACAACGCCUUCAAGAGCCUCUUCACCAAGCAGAGAUAAGCACAGGGCUUGGAGAGACAUGUGGGUCGGGUUGUGGGGAGGGAACUUGUAUUUCUCCCCUUCACCAGUGAUCUAGGAGCCUUCUCUCCACAGCUGAGUGUUAAUGACGUUUUAGAGCCAUACUGCUGGGCCUGGACUGUAGGAGCAGCAAGGCCAAAGGCUCUUCAGAAAGACAGCAAAUGUGUGGCAAGCGUGCAGCUAUGCCCUCUUCCCAUGAGUGGCAGACAUUGCUAAUUGAUCGUGGCAUGUUUCCUUACUGAGCAGGCACACUGCCUCACAAUCCUUUCCAGAUAGCACUUGAGGCAGUUGCUGUUAGUCGCUUGGAAUUGACACAAGAGUCAAAGCUGAUUUGCCUUUCCUUUAUCUAAUACCAUAUUCCUCAGAGGGUCUCUCAGCACAGGGCUGAGUGGCCUGUUAGAUCAUCCACUCAGAAGAUGAUCUCUUUUGUGAAACAGUCCUCCUCCCACCCUUUAUCCACUCCAUUCAAUUUAUCUUCUCCCAUCUCCAACACAGUGUAUCCCAAUUUGGGAGAUGAGGAUCAUCUGAACUUUUGUUUUUAAAAAAAGUGUCCAAUGCAACCCAUAUUUAAUGAAUCAGACUUUCAAAGAAGAGGUCUGGUAAUUUAUAUAUUAUUAACUUCUCUAGAUAAUUUUUUUUCUUAUCAGUGAGAGACACUGCUGGAUGCUUAGGUUGCUCUUUAGACAAAUUAUUGGCAUUUCUAGUGGCUGCAGCCCAGGCAGCAGCGCUUUUCAAAGCUUCCCAGGUGAUUCCACCGUGCAGCCAGCCUUGAGAACCCCUGGUGAGGUCCUUUCUCUGCUUCUGUAUGAGGGAGAGCAGCUGUGAGAAAUUUCCCCAUGACUUCACCAUACUGACUUGUAU